AUGGCUGAUGAAGAGUACCUGAUCCGGGAUCCCGUGACCGGCAAUUGGAUGGCGAAGAAAGGACUGAUCCCAAAGGAUUCAGCGGAAGUACAGGUUCGACUGGACUUCACCCGCCGGGGACAUCAUGAAGACCGGUGGGACGAGCUCAAGACAGCGGGAUAUUCCCGGAAGGACCGGCAAAAGCUCCAAAGAGCCAUGAAGGAGAUGGACAUCCACUUCGGCAAGGUCAGUGAACUAUACAGCCCACCUCGCAUCAGCCCUGAGGCAGCAAAGCGAGGCCUGGAGACCGGCACGUGCUUCGACCUCCAGACCGGUUGGGACCUCAGUCGGGAGGAAGACCGGCGCCGAAUGUGGAAGACCUUGCGAGAAGAGAAGCCCGACGUGAUCAUCGUCUGUCCACCCUGUACUGCCUUCAGCCGAAUGCAGGCCCUGAACAAGGGUCGAAGAGACGAAAAGAAAGCCCUACAAGUGCUUCACACCGGCCGAGAACACCUUCGACUAGCCGCAGCAGUCAUUCGCUGGCAGCUGAAGCAAGGGAGGAGCAUCGUGUUCGAGCAUCCAUCCACGGCAACCUCAUCGAAGGAAGAUGAACUACAAGAGCUGUUGGUCCGCCAAGACUUGCAUCAGAUCGACAGCCACAUGUGCGCCUUUGGCAUGAACGUGACAGGCAAUGGUCUGAACUUGAAGCCAACUCGGUGGCUGACAGACAUGGAGGAGGUGGCUCAACGCCUCAACCGCCGAUGUGAUGGCUCACAUGAACACGAAGCACUUGAAGGAGGCAACAAAACCAGACUUGCGCAAGUCUACCCUCCGGAACUGUGCCGGCAGCUCGCAAAGGGGAUACAAGAACACCUGACGAAGAAGUGCCCUCAGAAGCAAUACAUCCUGGAGGUGUUCGCAGAAGAGGAGUCCGAGGCGGAAGAGAUUGAGGACGACGACAACUCCGGCGAAGCGGAGGAGGAGUAUGAGGUGAGCGAGGAAGAGAAGAAGAUGAUCCUGAAGGUGCAUCGGGCAGUGGGCCAUCCUCAACGGCCCGAGUUUAUCAGGUUCCUGAGAGCAGCCAGGGUGAAAGGAGAGAUCAUCCGAUGGGCCGCCAAGGAAUUCAAGUGCGAUGUGUGCGAAGCCAAAGCACACCCAAAGGCAGCGCGACCAACUACGCUGCCUCGUUCGUUCCAACCGGGCAGAGUGCUCGGUCUCGACCUCUUCUACAUUGCGGCUCCCGGUGGUGGCAGGCUGACUACCCCGGUCCUGAAUAUGGUCGAUUGGGGCACCAACUACCAGAUGUGUGAACUGCUGAGCUCAAAAGGUCCAGAGGAGAUCUGGGACACCUUCAUGUCCACGUGGGCCAGAACAUUCGGCCAACCAGAAGUCAUUGUUUGUGAUGCUGGACGCGAAUUCAUGGGACAUUUCAUCCAGCGAGCUACAGCUGAAGGCAUCGUGGUGCACCAGAUAGCCGCAAAAGCCCCCUGGCAAGCAGGGAAAACGGAACGACAUGGAGGCCACUUCAAGGAGCUGCUGGAUAAGGCCAGAUCUGAGACGGUGGUGCAAGACGAGAGAGACCUUCGCCGCUUGAUCAUGGAGGUGGAGCAGGCCAAGAAUCGGUACUCCAAUAGGAGCGGUUUUGCUCCGAUUCAGAGGCAGAUUGGACAGUGGCCAAGACUUCCAACGGCCAUUCUGUCAGACGAAGGAGUGGAUCCCAUGCUCAUCAACGGCAUGAUGGUGGACGACAUCGAGAAGCUUCAUGAAAUGAGGCGGGUGGCUCACAAAGCCUUUUGUGAGUACAACGCAAGACAGUCAUGGAAGAAAGCACUUCGGGCCAGACCAAGAAUUUGGACCGACUACAAGCCUGGAGAGUACGUGUUCGUCUACCGAGUCCCAAGACAAAGGAAAAGGAAGCACUCAGCUCCAAUCGAGGAGCACUCCAACAAGGCGACUUGGGUAGGUCCUGGAGUCGUCAUCAUGCCGGAUGGCGCGAACCUAUGGAUCUCGAUGCUGGGAGAAGUUUGGAAAGUUGCCCGAGAACAAUGCAGACCAGCCACCGACGAUGAAAAGACGGGCAUUGAGGCAGUGAUGAGCGAAUGCCAAGAGCUGAUAGAAGAAUUCAAAAGGGCACCUCACCGAUCUGGGUACAAAGACUACACGGACGACCCAUGGCCAGAUGAUGAAGAAGGCCAAAGUCCGGAUGAAGAGCCAGGUCGAAGGGUGAGAAUCCAGCCAGAUCCUGAUGAGUUGAGCUAUGUCCCCACUGUGGCAGACGAAGAGAUUGAGCCAAUCCAAGAGGCACAGGUUCGAAGACGAUCAAUAGCCGAGCCAGAGCAGGAAGAAGCACCAGCCACACCACUAUGGAACCCCUAUCCAGAUGGGGUGCCAGAGACUCCACCUCUGCCAGACCGGGCGGGGAUCACAGCUCCCGCUGGUCCGGAGGAUGCAAACCACUCCAGAGAGACUUUAGACCGCUCCAUCAGCCAGGCCUGGAGAUUAGACGGACAUCCAGAUCAAUCAUCAGGUCCAAUACUUCGCUUGAGGCAACGAUACCAAGCGGCAGCCCCCUACUUGACAGAGAAGGAAUGGUACUUCAUCGGCGACGAGGAGGCCACGGAUGCGGAGGAAGAACAGAGACAGGUGGAGGAAGAGCGCAAAGAUCGGGCCAGAAAUCUCGACCGUCGUCACCACCACAAAGACUACUGGGAGGUGAACCUCAAGGAGGGCACUAUGACCCGUCACCAUCUGAGGAGGAGGAAAGCCCCAUUCGAUCCCAGGGUCAGUGGAGAUGCUCCAUUUCCAAUAGAAUGUCUAGGACCCGUGCGCAAGACCACCCUCUGCCAGAAGAAGAUUUCUGACACCAAGGAAGACGACUGGGUCAAGAAGGAGUUGCGCCCGACAGCAUAUUGGUGGACUGGUUCAACGACCUUCACCGUUAAGAACCACAAGGAGCUGGAGGCAUGGGCUGCGGAAAGGAAAGGUCAAGAUGAUGUGGACCUAGCUCAAGAAGACGAACAAGGUCGUGAGGAGUGGGCUCAAUCAGACCUCUCCGAAUGGACAAAGGGGCUAGCUGAACUCACCUGGACUAUGCUGCUGAUGAAAGAGCUCCAGGACGGCCGGCUGAACAUCAGAGACUGGCGCCAACAGCUGAAGACCGAAGAGCUCAUGGUGAUCAGCUCAGAGGCCACGGAAGAGUACCUCAAGGAAAGCCUGGCAGUGGUAGGUGGUUCGAACGUAGCUUUGCGGAAGGUGGUCAUGUCUGGCAUGUUUAGCAUCAAGCCGACAGAUGACGCCAUGCAGUUGCGAGAGUCCGCCAAGAAGGUCUCGACCUUGCUUCCUGCCCUGGAGAGGAAGGUCUUAGCGAGUUUGGAAGAGGCUGCCGCGAAGCGGUCCCUGCCUGGGUGCGCGGUGAUGAAGUUGAAGGGAUGGGUGUGGACAAGGUGCAUUUGGCGAGACGAGCUGGACGUUCGGGAAGCGCAGCUGGAGAAGAUCGCCACGGAGCAGCGGCGCAUCGCCGUGGCCUUGGAGCGCAUCCAGGCGGCCCUGGCGGAGCAUUCCGCCCAGCACCAGGAGGCCAAGGGGCGCCACGGGGAAGCCGAGUCGGUGCUGCGCGAGGCGGUAGAGAGGGAGCCUGAAGCUGGAGAGAAGGGGCAACAAGCGCUCGCGCGGCGCCGGAGUGUGAACCGUGGCGCGUGGCAGGGCCACCUGCAAAGAGCGCUGCAGGUGGUGAAGCACGCGGAUGCGCAAUGUGCGGCACGGGUGCUGAACGCUUGCUCCAGGUCUCCGGUGCAAGAUUUGGCUAAUGAGGUGGCAGAUGCUUACCAGGACCGUGCCAAGCGUUUGCUGGGGCAGAGCAAUGUGCGACAGCUCGCCACCGCGGCCAAUGCCAUGGCCAGGAUGCUCAUCCGGGAUGAGGACUACAUUCUGCGCCUCUCCAGGGAGUUGCGGAUGAAGUUCCAGAAGUGUAACACCUUCCAGGCCUCGUUGAUCGCCAACUCCUACGCGCGGCUCAUGGUGGUGGAAAGGACGCUCUUCGGCCAGCUUUUACCGGCCUUUGCCGUCGCCAACGGCCAGCACUUCCGGGUCAAGGACUUGGCGCUGGUCAUGCACGCCUACGCGAAGGCGCAGCUGCGCAGCACGGCGGUCUUUGAUGCCUUGCGGCACCGGUGUCGUGAGCAGACGGAACACAUGGACUGCCAGGCACUCAGCGUGAUCGCCGCGGCGCAUGCGAAGCUGCUGAUCUCGGACGAGCCGCUCUUCCAGGCGCUGGCGUGGCGCUUGCGCUCCUGUGCUCGAACGUGCACCUUCCAGGCUGUGUCCAAUCUGGCAAACGCCUACGCCAAAUUUGGCUUCGAGCGGCCGCCCAUGGCACCGGAGGGCAGCACGCCCAUGUUUGCAUCGUCGUCCGGGCCGCGCGGACCGCGACCUCCACGCAGCACGGUGGGCGUGACGGAGGCAGUCUUCGACCUGGUGAUGGAAGAGCUCCCAAGGCUCGUGAACGAUUCGAAUGCCCAAAGCAUUGUGCUCUUGAGCCAUGCAGCCGCACGUGCAGGCCAACACCGUCGCUGGGGUCCGCAGCUGGCGGAGCGCCUGGCGCCCUUGGCACAGCGCGAGAUGGGCUCCUGUGAUGGAGCGCAGUUAGGCAUGAUGGCGGUGGCUUUUGCCGAGCUUUGGCCUCUGGAAGACUCCUCGAAGGGCUUCUGGCUGGCGUUGCUCGAGGCCGCCGCGGCAGCUCCACUGGGUGCCUCCGACGCCGCCAACUGCGGCGUGGCCUUUGCCGCCGUCCAGCUGCCGGCAGAGCAGCUGGCGCGGCUGGAGCUGUGCCGCUUCAGCGAGGACAGCGCCGCAGGCGGCCUCUCGCCGCAGUGCGCCUGCGCUCUGACGCUGGCGCACGCCUACGGCGGCCUCUGGGCACCACAGUUCCUCCAGGCGUUGGAAAACCAAGUGCCUGAGCUCUUGUGGCAGGCUACUGAUAGCGUGGCCAGCCGCUGGGCGCUCAGCUUCGUUUUGGCGGGGCAGCGAGCGCUGCCCUUGGAGCUUCGAUCUGCGGUGCGGCAGCAGGUCUUGCGCCAGGCGAAGGCUUCGGAGAAGGAGGAGCUGGACGACGCCUCCCUGAUCGCAGCAUGUCAGGGUGCUGCUGCCCUCUUGAUGCCUGAAGUGACUGUGAUUGAAAGUGACCAGCCAGGCAUGCAGCAGAUCGCCUGGUGGGAGAUCCUGCGCCCGCCUCCGUGCGCUCCACGCCUGGCUGCGGCAUGCGUCCGCGACGAAGACGCCGAAGAGCUCCGCGCGGCGGCGCAGCGGCUCGGGGAAGCGCUGCGGAGGCGGCGGGCGAGGCUGGGGAGCCUCCUGCUGCGCCUCGCGGCGCCCCGCACGACUCGCGCGGGGGCGCCGCUGAGUCCCGCGAGGUUUGCUGGGCUCUCGUCGCUGCUUCUGCCAAGCGUCAAGCAGACUGCGACUGAGGCACCCGCCAGGACCUUGGAGGCGCGGAAGCGAUUGCGCCGCUGGCUGAAGCGCAGCUUCUUGCGGCCUCAGGAGAUGGGCCAUGACUUGGUGGUGGUCCUGUUGGUGCCUGAGGAGGUUCAUGUAGUCUUCAUCCUGGAUGACCAAACCACCUUCAUGUACCCGGGCGAGCCCUGCGCCGCAGGAGAACGGCUGCACCCCGAUGCAGAGUUGCACGGCUGGCUCCUCGCGAAGGAGGGCUAUGUGGUGCUCCGUGUGCGCUGCGAGCUGCUGGCCGAGCUGCUCCAAGAGGACCCAGGCGAUGCUGCAGGUGAAGCGCAUCCUCUGGUGGUGAAAGCCUCCAAACCCGCCUUCCUGAGCUGGCUCGAGGAUUUCGCCCGGCAAUGGCUCGCAGCGAGCCCCGCCAUCCCCACCGAAGAAGGCGGCCCCAAAAAGGUCCGAACGCAGGAUGUGUGGGAUGUUUCGGUGGCUGGAAGCAUCGUGGAGCCCCAAAGCUUCACCAAUUCAUCCAAUCGUCCAAGCACACAGGAUGGAUGGACAGGGCAUUUUGAAGUGGGACGCCUGUAG